UCAACUCUCCCUUCCCCCUGUGACCCCGAACGCCCCCACUACACCAUGACACUCGUCACCACCAUCGGGUACGGGAACAUCUACCCCUCCACGAGGAUGGGGCGGCUGUUCGCGGUGGUCUUCGCGAUGUUGGGUGUACCACUCACCUGCAUCCUCAUGGCCAAGAACUCCAACAUCCUCAGCAUCAAGAUGUUGGAGCUCUACGAGCGCCUUAAGAAAAAGUACAGAAGACAUUCAGAGAAUGGAAAGAUUCUACUUUACCUGGUGACAUGGGUCUACCUCUCGAUCGGGUUCAUCGUUUUCAUGUUUCUACCGAGCUUGGGGUUCGUCUACAUGCAGGGCUGGACCUAUGACGAGUCACUCUACUUCACCUUCAUCACCUUAGCCACCAUUGGCUUCGGCGACCUCAUAGCAGGGUACGGACCGUCGGGUCCACACAGUGAUUGGUACAAGAUUGCAAUCGUGGUAUGGAUCAUGUUCGCCCUAGGGUACUGGGUGCUUCUGCUCAACUUCCUACAGCGCGCCGUUAAGAAAAAGAUUGUGCCCAAACGCAUCAGGGUGCAGUUCAAGACCAAACAGUUGGCGAAGCAGGCAGAGUUUCUGCGACAACUCAUGACCAAGGUGCGGGAGCAGGCCCACGAGAUGCUGGAAGAUGGGCACCAAGCCCCUAAACUGACGAAGGAGUCCCACACAGCUUUGUCCCUCAUGGCCGAGACGACGGGAAGCUUCAACCACCUCACGAACGCCUCUAGCUUGCGCACUGGCAUACGCUGCCCUUCCCUCACCACAGCCCGGCACCCCCUUGGAUCCUCGUGUCCUUUGCUCCAGCAUCCCCAACAGCAACCCCAAGCCUAUCCUCUACCUUCCUCGUGCUCUUCUUGCUGCUUCUUCUGCCCCUCGACAACUUCCUCUUUGGGGACGUCAGAUCACUUACUUCCCCACUCAGCUGAGUCCCCAUCUCCCCACCCUGGUGAUUCCUCUGCUCCCCAACCUGAAAAAGUGUCAGACAUCGAACAGAAUUCGGACGCGCAGCAGAUCAUGUCCCUCGUAGACCUGUUGAACGCCACGGUGGUUCUCAGAUCCACCAAAGUCCCAAUCAUCAGAUCCCUGAUCGACUGCAGCAAUGAAGUAAAACUCCCCAGCGUUCCAGAACAAAAGCAGAUACCAGAAGGGUCUUCAGAUAGGGAUCAGGCUAAUCUCCAAGGUGGUAAAGGGAACCUUUUGAGACGGGGAUCUAGCCAAAAAGAAGUGACGUUGCCCCUCAAGGAUGUACUGGGGCUCGUGACGAUCGUGGCUAACUUAGAAGGACACUUGGGAACUAACCCGAGUCAGCUACGGCAGGGGGAAAACUCGUUGAACUCGAGUGUUACCUCCAUGGUGUCAAUGGACGCUAGGAUGCCUUCCCUCAAGGAGUGUUUCGCCAAGAUGAAUGUCGUGGACGAAGACGACGAAAAACCUAGACGUUCGUCCAUCCCAGACAAGCUCGCUAACAGAUUUCGACAGGUAGCCAAGAACGACAUGCCCUCGAACCUUACCAGGGGCAGAAGAGGCAGUUGUCUCGACGCUUUCUUGGACGGACAGACGCGGCUGGAGUACGUAGAGGUGGGGGAAGAGCGUAAGAGAUGUCACAGUGAAUCCCGCACUGGAGAUAUCGACUUGAAAACUGGGCCAGGGGUCUUCACGAUAGGUGAUACCAUCAUCAGUUUGGAACACGACGAUGAAACUUAUUAUGAUGAGGAAGAGGAAGAAGAAGAUGAUGGAAAUAAUGAAAAGUUUGACGACGACACUGAGUUGACUGACACUGAAACUUCGAAGAUGCUUAGUGAUGUGGAGGAUUUCCCGCAGCCGGAGGGUAGUGGUAAAUUCCGCCCGUGUCCGGACAGCCAGUUAUAGGGACACAUUUGGGUCUUAACGGACUUCAGGGUCAUGACCAGGGACCCAGAGCAGCUCUGGGGGCUAUGGCCACCUUGCUUGAACUGAGUUUUAUUUCUUCAGCAUAAUGAAUAUGUGCAAUAAUUAAUCUAAUGGACGCUCAUUCAAUGGAUUGUUCCAUUGCCAACCAGUGCCUUGUGCGUAAAUAAUUGUAUUUUUAAGUGGCAAUUUAUUUGUUAAUAGAAAUAGGUUAUCUAAUGGAAACGACCAAGUAAAUAUAAGAAAGCUCAUAGAAUACUUAUUGUACUAGUAGAAGAGUAGGUGUAGUGCUGUUAUUGCCUGAACUAUUGCGUACAUUACUUCCAAAGGACGUACGGUAAAAUAUUGCUAUAAAAUAAGUAAAUUUCAGACUUUAUAUAAGAUCUGACGUGUACCUAUACGGUAUAUAUGUCACUUGUUCAUCUGUGGAGAGAGAAAAUAUAACUCAGUACUCACUGCAGUGAGUGACAG